AUGGAAGGGCAAGAUGUUUUCUUGCCAGUCGCAACUGGCGGUAUCCCAGGCAGUAUCAAAGCCAGGGAUGACCAUCCAGUACCGAGGACAAACAUUGGCAACACUACGGACCCGAUAGAGACGAACAAGUUCUACAGCGGACUGUUCCUCGGAACUCAAACGAAUGGCACCUUUACUCACCCGUAUAAUAUCGCGUGGGCCAAGAGCAACGGAAAUGCUGGCAGCUACGGCAUGUCCAUCUCGCACACCGAAAAGAAUGUGAUCGCAGAAGGACCGCCCAACGAUAAGAUCCCAGGUCACCCAGUGUCUUUCUAUGUGAAUCCUGUUGGAAUCCAGUCUAUGAUCCUUUCAGCAACGGAAUUGAGAGACGGUACGGUUCUGACGGCAGAAGACCCAAGGCCAUUUUCCGCCAACGCAGUUUUGCGCCCGCAGCCUGGAUCACACCAGAACAUCACUUUCCCUCUUGUCCAAGGCAUGGGCUUUUUGACUGGAAUCUACACUGAUAUGCAACCAUUGGUCCAGACUGGUGUUCUGUACCAGAAGGUCGUGUCCGCAGGCAGCCCCAAGCCGGGUAUUUUCAAAUACCGAGCAUACCUGGAAGACGGGAACAUGUGGUUGAUUUAUGCAAUUCCCAACGACGGCAAAGAUCCCAAUUUCAAGCUCGACUCGCAUACUGACCUGCGGGGCCCCCAGGGGUGGUCUGGAACGAUCCAGGUUGCGAAGAACUCCCAAGGAUCAAGCAGCGAAAAGCUCUAUGACAACUCGGCUAGUGUCUUCGCAGUCCACGGUGUCUUAUCCGGUGCAGUUUCCCGGGAUACGGGAGUAUACAACCUGGGAUGGGCAAAGGCGGGCAAAUAUGCACAAGAUACACCCUUGAUCAUGUUUGCGCUGCCCCAUCACGUUGAAUCGUUCGAUGAUACCACUAAGGGCCGAGUGACCAGCAUUCAACUGCGGACCACAACCAAGGGCAACGCCACGGCCAUUAUUGGCGAACAAUGGACAUUACUUGAGCCAGAACUGCCGAUCAGUAUGGACUUUGCCCCGUGGGUUCAGAAUGGAAACAACCUCCCACCAUCAGCCAAGAAAGCUCUCCUGGACAUCGCGCCUAAGGAUCUUGGGGAGGACAUCGAUAAGCAGUCGGAUCUCAACAGUAUGUACUUCAGCGGCAAGGCACUCAGCAAGUUCGCCACGAUCAUCUACGCUGUGAGUGAGCUGGGCGGAAACCCGGCACUUGCGGCUGAUGCCCUCGAUAAGCUGAAGAAGAGCUUCGCCCGGUUUAUCAACAACCGUCAACAAUUCCCCUUAGUCUACGACAACGUGUGGAAGGGCGUCGUGUCAUCAGCCAGCUAUGGCGGUGAUGAGGGAGCAGACUUUGGAAACACCCUGUACAAUGAUCACCACUUCCACUACGGAUACUUCAUCCACGCUGCUGCCAUUAUCGGAACGUUGGACCCCGAGUGGCUGAAGACUAGCAAGGACUGGAUCAACACGUUGGUGCGAGACGCAAGCAAUCCGGUGGCUAAUGACCCUCACUUCCCAUUCUCGCGCGCGUUUGACUGGUACCAUGGCCAUUCGUGGGCCAAGGGACUAUUCGAGUCGUUUGACGGCAAGGACCAGGAGUCGACAUCGGAAGACACGAUGUUUGCUUACGCCCUCAAGAUGUGGGGUAAAACGAUUGGGGAUAAGAGUAUGGAGGCGCGCGGUAAUCUGAUGUUGGGUGUGCUUCGUCGGAGUCUGCACAACUAUUUCCUUUUGGAACGGGAGAACAUUAACCAUCCGCCGGAGUUUGUGCCGAAUAAGGUGACGGGCAUUCUGUUUGAGAACAAGGUGGACCACACGACUUACUUUGGAAACAACUUGGAAUACAUCCAUGGAAUUCAUAUGCUUCCCCUCCUCCCGGCGUCAUCGUACGUACGCAACCGCAAGUUCGUGACAGAGGAGUGGAACGCAUUGUUUGCAUCGAACGCCAGCACCCCGGCAGACAAAGUCGAAGGUGGCUGGCAGGGUGUGUUGUAUGCGAACCUGGCGUUGAUUGACCCGGUGACCUCGUGGGAAUUCUUUGCGCGCGACGGGUUUGAUUACGGGGCGAUUGACGGAGGCGCCAGUCGAACGUGGUCCCUGGCAUUUGCGGCUGGUGAGUAUUUGUCAUCUUACGCUUAUUAG